CAGGAGAUUAGAGCAAUCAGAUUAGGAGCACUGCUGCUGCCGCUGCUGACCUGCGGGCAGAGGCGAGUGGGUAAAGUGGUCGGAGAGUCACCUCCUCGCCUGAAGCUCCUGGUCUCCAUGAGGCACAACUUUUAUACGACGUUCCGUCUCAGGUUGACCACCAUCACAUGACCACAUCCAGGGGUCCACCUGCCCAGCCAUGAAGACGGGCUCUCAAAUCCGCCUGUUGCUUUGGAAGAACUGGACUCUCCGGAAGAGGCAGAAGAUCCGCUUCCUGGUGGAGAUCUUCUGGCCCGUUUUCUUGUUCAUCGGGUUGGUGUGGCUGAGGAAGGCCAAUCCGCUCUACCAGCAACAUGAGUGUCACUUCCCCAACAAGGCCAUGCCAUCUGCAGGCAUUCUUCCGUGGAUCCAGGGCAUCUUCUGCAACGCCAACAACCCCUGUUUCCGCUACCCUACCAGAGGAGAGUCUCCAGGGGUUGUCUCCAACUACAACAACUCGGUACUCGCACGGUUCUACGUGGACAUCUUGGAGAUGUUCAACGACACAGAGGUUCGGCAGCUCAGACGUAUGUGGCAUGAAGUGUCCACCUUCUCCAACUUCAUGGAAACGUUGCGCAACAACCCAUCGGUGAUAUCAGGCCGUGGUUUAAAGAUCGAGGACAUUCUGAAGGAUGACGAGGUUCUCACGGCUUUCCUGUUGAGAGACGCCGCCCUCUCAGACUCUGUGGUUUACCAGCUGACCAACGCUGAGAUACGAAUCGAACAGUUUUCCUACGGCGUCCCUGACCUUCAGCUGAAGGACAUAGCGUGCAGCCAGGCUCUGCUGGAGCGCUUCAUCAUUUUCCCCAGUCGCAGGGGCCUCCACAGCGUCCGCAACGCUAUGUGCGCCCUCAGCCAGCCCAGGCUGCAGAGGAUCGAGGACGUGCUCUACGCCAAUGUGGAUUUCUUCAAGAUCUUCAGACUGCUGCCUCGCGUCAUGGACAGUAGGUCAGAUGGGGUCGACCUGCGAAGGUGGGGGCGUGUCCUCAGGGCGACAUCGGAGAAAAUCCAGGAGCUGAUGGCGCGUGACAACUCCCGGCAUAUGGUCCAAGCUCUGACCUCUCUGUUCCAAGCCGGCGGCCCCGCUUCUUUCUCCUCGCUCUCAGCAUCUGUGUCCAGCCUCUUCUGCGGCUACCCGGAGGGCGGUGGCUCCCGGGUACUGUCCUUCAACUGGUACGAGGACAACAACUACAAGGUGUUCCUCGGCGUCAACGGCACGCGGGGCCAGGACCGCCAGCACGCCGCGUACGACCACACUACCACCCCCUUCUGCAACGGCCUGAUGGAGACCCUGGAGUCUAACCCCAUCACCAAAAUCGUGUGGAAUUCCGUCAAGCCCCUGCUGAUGGGAAAGAUCCUUUACACCCCCGACUCCCCCGCUGUCCGCGAGAUAUUAAAGAACGCUAACACAACAUUUGAGGAGUUGGAGAGGCUGCAGAAUUUUGGGAAGAUGUGGGAGGAGGUGGGACCGCAGCUGUGGGACUUCUUUCACGGCAGUGUGCAGAUGAACAUGAUCAGAGACACUCUGGCAAACCCAACGGUGAUGAACUUUGUUGAUGACAGCCUGAAGGACGCAAACCUGACCACCAAGGACAUCCUCAACUUCUUGUACACUGGGCCUGAGGAGACGAGGGAGGCGGGAAUGUCAAGCUUCGACUGGAGGAACGUUUUCAACGUCACCGACCAGAUCAUACGCACUGUCAACCAGUAUGCCGAGUGCAUUAACAUGGACAAGUUUGUGGCCUACAACGAUGAGUCCCAGAUGAUCCACCAAGCUUUGUAUCUGCUGGAGGAGAACAAGUUUUGGGCCGGUGUUGUCUUUGCCAACAUGUACCCGUGGACCACCAGCGUCCCACCGCAUGUCCAGUACAAAAUUCGCAUGGACAUCGACGCCGUGGAGCGCACCAACAAGGUCAAAGACAGGUACUGGGACCCGGGGCCCAGAGCGGACCCCAUGGAGGACCAGAGGUACAUCUGGGGGGGGUUUGCCUACCUGCAGGACAUGAUCGAGCACGGCAUCAUCAAAGUGCACACCGGCCACGACUGGCCACUCGGGGUCUACGUGCAGCAGAUGCCGUACCCGUGCUACGUGGACGACCUCUUCAUGAUCACGCUAAACCGCUGCUUCCCAAUGUUCAUGGUGCUGGCGUGGAUCUACUCCGUGUCCAUGACGGUGAAGAGCAUCGUGCUGGAGAAGGAGCUGCGCCUCAAGGAGACCCUCAAGGCCAUGGGCGUGGCCAACGGCGUCCUGUGGUGGACGUGGUUCAUCGACAGCUUUGUUGUGAUGGCGGCCAGCACGGCGCUGCUCACCUCCAUCAUUGUGGGCGGCAAGGUGCUGAACUACAGCGACCCCCUGCUGGUGUUCUUCUUCCUGCUGACCUUCACGGUGGCCACCAUCAUGCAGUGCUUCCUCAUGAGCGUCUUCUUCAACAAGGCCAACCUAGCAGCGGCAUGCAGCGGCGUGGUCUACUUCACCCUCUACCUGCCUCACGUGCUCUGCUUCGCCUGGCAGGACCGCAUCACCACCAACAUGAAGCUAGCGGCCAGCCUUUUGUCUCCUGUGGCAUUCGGUUUCGGGACGGAGUACCUGUCUCGCUACGAGGAGCAGGGUUUGGGUCUGCAGUGGGACAACAUCCGGACCAGCCCGCUGGAGAAGGACAGCUACUCCUUCCUCACCUCCAUUCUCAUGAUGCUGCUGGAUGCAGCGCUCUACGCUGUCCUGGCCUGGUACCUGGAUAACGUCUUUCCAGGACAGUACGGCAUCGGGCGCCCCUUCUACUUCCCUUUGCAGUCGUCCUACUGGCACAAAGCUACACCUGCACCUGCUGGAAGUGACGAUCCAGUUCCUCCAGAGGCAGAGAAGGUGGAGAAGGAUGCCGAGAGCGGCGUUCCUCUGGACAACACCUGUAACGGCUCGGCCAGCAGGAAAACCUGCAAGCACCAAAGCAAGCGGGAACGUCUGGAGAGGCAGAAAGAGUGGUUGCGGCGCCAGGAGGACGAGGAGGAGGAUGGGGGAAAGCCUAUUGGAGACAAUGAGGACUCUGGGAAGGAAGAAGGCCUGCUGUUGUUUGAGCCCGACCCGCUCAGUCUACCCAUGGGUGUACAGAUCCAGGACCUGGUCAAGGUCUACGACAGAGGCUGUCACCCUGCCGUUGACCGUCUGAGCCUCAACUUCUACGAGGGCCAGAUCACAUCCUUCCUGGGACACAAUGGCGCGGGAAAAACCACCACCUUGUCCAUCCUAACCGGACUCUUCCCGCCCACAUCUGGUACCGCCUACGUCUACGGAAGAGACAUCCGCACGGACAUGGACGCAAUACGAUCCUCCUUGGGAAUGUGUCCUCAGUACAACAUCCUCUUCAAGCAUCUGACGGUGGAGGAGCACAUCCUCUUCUAUUCGCUGCUGAAAGGUCGCACACAAGCGGAGGCAGAGAAGGAGGUGGAGGAAAUGCUGGUGGACCUGGGGCUGCCUCACAAGAGAGACGACGAAGCUCAGAACCUCUCAGGCGGCAUGCAGAGGAAGCUGUCAGUUGCCAUGGCGUUUGUCGGCGGCUCAAAGGUGGUCAUCCUGGACGAGCCCACCUCAGGAGUGGAUCCUUACUCCAGGAGGUCAAUUUGGGACCUCCUGUUGAAAUAUAGAUUAGGUCGCACAGUGAUCCUGUCCACGCACCACAUGGACGAGGCCGACCUGCUGAGCGACCGUGUCGCCAUCAUCUCCAAAGGCCAGCUGCACUGCUGCGGAUCGCCUCUCUUUCUCAAGAACUGCUUCGGCGCCGGCUUCUAUCUGACGCUGGUGCGCCGCAUGAAGGACCUCAAGAAGAAGGAGAACGAUUGCGACUGUGCCUCCGACUGUUCCUGCUCCUGCUCCAUUUGUACCAGCUACAAGGACCAGUCCCAGAACCAGUGCCAGAACGCAGACCGGGUUCUAGACGGGGACAUCGACAGCAUCAGCAGCCUCAUCCACCACCACGUCCCCGAGGCCAAGCUGAUCGAGGUCAUCGGUCAGGAGCUGACCUUCCUGCUCCCCAACCGCGGCUUCAAGCACCGCGCCUAUGCCAGCCUCUUCCGAGAGCUGGAGGAGACGCUGGCAGAUAUGGGCCUCAGCAGCUUUGGCAUCUCAGACACGUCCCUGGAGGAGAUAUUCCUGAAGGUGACAGCAGAUGGAGAAGCAGCAGCGGCCAAUGCUGUCACCGCUGAAGAGUGGAUGUUGCAGUGGAGAAAAAAUGAAGUGGGAGAUGAAGAGCGCUAUGACACCGCUCAAGCUAAUGGCGUUAGCCACGCUGCAUCAGACUGCAGCGCCGGCAGGGGGUCCAGGCAGGUCAAAGGGGUGUCGCUGAUCCUCAAACAGUUUCAUGCUCUGUUGGUCAAGAGGUUCCAUCAUGCCACCAGGAGCUGCAAAGACUUUGUGGCCCAGAUUGUCCUGCCAGCCAGCUUCGUCCUCAUUGCUCUCAUCUUCACCACCGUCGUUCCUCCGUUUGGAGAGUAUCCCAGUUUGACCUUGACCCCCUGGAUGUACGGAGCACAGGUCACCUUCUUCAGUAACGAGAAACCUUCAGACCCCACAAUGAGGCACUUCACUGAGCGCUUCCUCAGGAAGCCUGGUCUUGGAACCCGCUGCAUGCAGGGGCAACCACUAGGGAUGUCCUGCGACGGUGAAGAUGCAUCCGAGUGGGAGCGCCCCGACGUGGCCGCCGUGGUCCACAACAUCCUGCAGAGCCCUGAGUGGACCCAGAGGAACCCCUCUCCCUCCUGCCUGUGUAGCAGCAACAAGAAGCUGACCAUGAUGCCAAUUUGCCCCGCCGGCGCCGGAGGCCUCCCCCCGCGGCAAAGACUGGAAGUCACGGGGGACACCAUGCUGGAUCUGACUGACCGCAACAUCUCAGACUUUCUGGUCAAAACCUAUCCGAGUCUCAUCAGAACCAGUUUGAAGAGCAAGUACUGGGUCAACGAGCAAAGAUAUGGCGGCUUGUCCAUCGGAGGGCAGCUGCCCAUCCUGGACGUGGAGCCCCAAGACAUUGAGAACGUUUUCGGUCAACUCGGACGAAUGCUCAACAUCACAGCGGGGAGGCAUUCUCGAGCGGCGCUGAGGGAGCUUGCUCCUUUCUUAAGAUACAUGGAGAGCGAAUUUAACGUAAAGGUGUGGUACAACAACAAAGGCUGGCACGCCAUGGUGUCCUUCAUGAACGUGGCCAACAACGCCAUCCUGCGGGCCUUCCUGCCCACCAGCGCCAAGCCCGUGGAGUUCGGCAUCACCGCCAUCAACCACCCGCUGAACCUCACCAAGGAGCAGCUGUCCGAGGUCACGGUGCUGACCACGUCGGUGAACGCGGUGGUGGCCAUCUGCGUCAUCUUCGCCAUGUCCUUUGUCCCCGCCAGCUUCGUCCUCUACCUCAUCCAGGAGCGUGUAACCAAAGCCAAGCACCUGCAGUUUGUCAGCGGGGUUAGCCCCUUCAUUUACUGGCUGGCCAACUUCUUCUGGGACAUGAUGAACUACUCCAUCAGUGCCGCCAUGGUGGUCGGCAUCUUCAUGGCCUUUGACAAAAAGUGCUACACGUCCCCGUCCAACCUGCCUGCUCUCGUAGCACUGCUCUUGCUCUAUGGGUGGUCUGUGACGCCCAUGAUGUACCCCAUGUCCUAUGUGUUCAGCAUCCCGAGCACGGCCUACGUGUCUCUGUCCUGCAUCAACCUGUUCAUUGGCAUCAACAGCAGCGCUGUCACUUUCAUCCUGGAGCUUUUUGACAACAACCGAUCCCUGCUGAUGUUUAACGAGUGGCUGAAGAAAGGUCUGCUCCUCUUCCCUCACUUCUGCUUGGGCCGAGGUCUCAUUGACAUGGCGAUGAACCAGGCAGUCACCGACGUUUACGCCCGAUUCGGAGAAGACCACUUGGAUGACCCGUUCCGCUGGGACUUUGUGGGCAAGAAUGUUUGCUUCAUGGCAUUAGAAGGUUUCGUCUACUUUCUUCUCAACCUCCUCAUCCAGUACCGCUUCUUCCUGGACCACUGGCUAUCGGAUGCCAAGCGGAGCCCGGUGGAGGACGACGAUGAUGAUGUGGCGUGUGAGCGUCACAGGAUCUACGACGGAGGCAGCAAGUCGGACAUCCUGCAGAUCCAAGACCUUUCUAAGACGUACGUGGGCAGAAAGACGGCGGCUGUGGACCGCAUCUGUGUGGGUGUUCCGGCCGGAGAGUGUUUUGGACUUUUAGGGGUCAACGGUGCCGGGAAGACAACGACUUUCAAGAUGCUGACUGGCGACACAGACGUCAGCUCUGGGGACGCCACCGUCGUCGGUUACAGCAUCCUGACGGAGAUUCUGGACGUGCACCAGAACAUGGGUUACUGCCCGCAGUUUGAUGCCAUCGACGAGCUCCUGACAGGCAGGGAGCACCUUUACCUGUACGCCCGCCUCAGGGGGGUGCCAGAGGCAGAGAUCCCCAGGGUGGCCGAGUGGGGCAUCCAGAAACUGGGCCUGUCGGAGUACGCCAGUCGCUGCGCUGGCACCUACAGCGGCGGAAACAAGCGCAAACUCUCCACCGCCAUUGCCAUGAUCGGUUGUCCAGCCUUGGUUCUGCUGGAUGAGCCCACCACGGGGAUGGACCCUCAUUCCAGGCGCUUCCUGUGGAACGCCAUCUUGAGCAUCAUACGGGACGGGCGGGCCGUGGUGUUGACGUCGCACAGCAUGGAGGAGUGCGAAGCUCUCUGCACGAGACUCGCCAUCAUGGUCAACGGAACUUUCAAGUGUCUGGGAACCAUCCAGCACCUCAAAUACAAGUUUGGCGACGGCUACGUGGUGACCAUGAAGGUCAAGGCGGCCAAAGCGGGUGUGUCCCCGGAGCUGGAGCCCGUAGAAGAGUUCAUGGAGAGCAGUUUUCCAGGCUGUGUCCAGCGGGAGAAGCAUUACAACACGCUGCAGUACGAGAUCGCAUCCUCCUCGCUGGCCAGAAUCUUUCAACUGGUUGUGGCCAACAAGGACAGACUCAGCAUCGAGGACUAUUCUGUCUCUCAGACCACGCUGGACCAGGUGUUUGUCAACUUCGCCAAGCAGCAGAUGGCGGAGGACGACGCGGUCACGUUGCACAGGCGCGGCACUAGCAGACCCAAAGAUGUGCAAAAAGUCUCACCUGUGAAGAGGAAACUCAAAAAGUGGGACUGUGAACUCAAAAAGUAACCUCUGCCAUUCUGGUGUAUUUCUAUUCCUAUACAUACUGUACAAGCAACACUGAAGCUGUACUGUUUUUUUUAAAUAAUGCAUGCAACAUUUCUAUUUCUAACAGUGUAUAUUUAAUACUAUAUUUCUUGUGAGUAAAUAGUGUAGAUUUCCAUAAAGAGGCAUCAUAUUUUCUACCUGAAUAAAUAAAGCUAGAAGAUGCUUUUUAACAAAUAUAUCGUGAUGUGAUCAAAUUAUCUUGUUGCCAUUACCUCCACUUCAUUAGUCCGCAAUGUUUAUUAUGCAUCCAUAACUCUCUAUGACUUCUGGAUUCACAUCUGCUGUUGCUUUCCAGGGAAAUUUUGCAUGGUUUCUUUUCUUUUUACUUCCAUCUUUUAAUAUUCUUAACAUCUUUGGAGGUGGUGCAGCAGACAGACUUGGUCCAAAGUUUAAUUGGGAGCAACGAUGAACGCGGCAACUCGCCAAAGGUUACGUCUAUAGAGGCAAGCAAUAAUACGCUCUAUGGUGUGUGUGUGUGUGCGUGUGUGUGUGUGCAUGUGUGUGUGUGCAUGUGUGUGGGGGAGACUUGAUUUGAGAUGCAAGACUGUCACUCUUUGAAAUAUGUCUGUUUUCAGCAGCAGCAUACGAAUAAAAAGCAAGGAAAAGUCCCAUGACAAUGUGACUCUUCCAGUGUUGCAACCUGGUGAUGACUGUGACACUUUAAGCCAGGGGUGUCCAAAGUGCAGCCCGGGGGGCCAUUCGUGCCUGAGGCUGUUUUUAAUUGGCCCACUGCACAUUCUAAAAAUAUAAGUUAACGAAAAAAAAACUAAGCAGUAAUUUUACAAGAAUUAAGUCAAAAUAGUAAGAGAAAAAGAUGUAAUACUAAAAAAAAAAAGUAUUUUUUUAAAAGUCGUAAUAUUGUGGAAAAAAAACUAACAAAACCAUGAAUAAAGUUGUAAUUUUUAGGUUGAGGAAAAGUUAUAAUGUUACGGGAAUAAAAUCUAAAUUUUAGGACUAAAGUCAUAGUUAUGACUUAGCUAGUUACAAGAAGAAAAUUGAAGUAGUUGGGAAAAAACAAACAAACAAACAAGAGCAAUAAUUUAACAAAAAUAAUGUCCAAAAAAGUUUUUAACAAGAAAAAGUUGUAAUUUUAUGAGAAUAACAUAAUAUUAUGAAGUAAAAUAAUGUCAUUUUAGUAGCAUUGAUCUGAAACAUUAAAGAAAAAAUGUAAUAUUUUUUAAAGUUAUAAUAUGAGAAACAAAACUAAACUAUUUUAAUUAUUGAAAAAACAAGGUAGGGUUAAAAGUUAUAAUGUUACAAGAAUAAAGUCUAAAAUAUGAGGAGAAAGGAAAAAAAUAAAUUGUAUUCUCACGAGAAAAAAAGUUGCAAUUUGAUAAGAACAAACUUGUACUAUUAUGAGGAAAAACAAUGUCAUCUUAGGAGCAUCAAAUUUAAAUAUUAAAGAGAGAAUGUUAUUCUUUAAAAGUUGUAAUAUGAUAAACAAACAAAACAAAAGUGCUCCUGUACUUUUUAAAGACAAGUGUUUUUUAAUGAAUAAAAACACAGUGUGUGCAUUUACAGAAGAAAGUUUGUGUUUACAGAUUAAAGAAUAAUAAGCUCAGUGUUGUACCCCGCCUGUCGCCCGACGUCAGCUGGGAUAGGCUCCAGCAUGCCCCCGAGACUCUAAUGAGGAGAAGCGGCAUAGAAAAUGGAUGGAUGGUACGCAUGGUACAUCAUCUGCAGUGUACAGCAUCCAUCACAUUUCUCUGCAAGGAUGCUUGACUAAGAAUUUGAUUAGAAAAUCAUUCACAAUCUUGUCAGAGCAAAAGAAAUCCCAUGACACAUUUCAUAACAGUAAUAAAGCACUUUGAAUAUGAAUAAUAGCUUUAUGUAUGAAUCUGUGAAUGAAUGUAGAGUAUGUAUCUAUCUGUCUAUGUAUGGAUAUAUCCCUCGUUUAUGGCAGUUCAUUGGUUCCAGGCCCAACCGUGAUAAGUGAAUUUCCGCCAAGUAGGACUGCUUAUUUGUAAAUGGAAUGUUUUUAUAGUUAAAACAUAGAAAACCUGUUCAUGACCUCAUAAUGCACUUUUUAACAUUAUUAGAGCCCUCUAGACAUGAAAUAAUAGCGCAGUCACCUUCACAUUCCUAUUACCCAAUAUACAGUGGUGUGUAGAAGUGUUUGCCCCCUUCAUGAUUUCUUAUGCUGUUGCAUGUUUGUCACAAUAAAAUGUUUCAGAUCAUCAAACAAAUUUAAAUAUUAGUCAAUGACAACACAACUGAACACAAAAUGCAAUUUUUAAAUGAAACUUUUUUAUUAUUAAGGCAGAAAAAAAAUUCAAACCUCCAUGGUCCUGUGUGAAAAAGUGACUGCCCCCCCGGUAAAACAUAACUGUGAUUCAUUGAGAUCUAUCAGUCUGGAAAAGGUUAUAAAGCCAUUUCUAAAGCGUUGGGACUCCAGCAAACCACAGUGAGAGCCAUUAUUCAGCAAAUGGCGAGAACAUUGAACAGUGGUGAACCUUCCCAGGAGUUCCCGGCCAACCAAAAUUACUCCAAGAGCGCAGCGACGACUCAUCCAAGAGGUCACAAAAGACCCCACAACAACAUCCAAAGAACUGCAGGCCUCACUUGCCUCAGUUAAGAUCAGUGUUCAUGACUCCACCACAAGAAAGACACUGGACAAAAACGGCCUGCAUGGCGUUCCAAGACGAAAACCACUGCUGAACAAAAAGAACAUUAAGGCCUGUCUCAAUUUUGCCAGAAAACAUCCUGAUGAUCCCCAAGACCUUUGGGAAAAUACACUGUGGUCUGACGAGACAAAAGUUGAACUUUUUGGAAGGUGUGUGUCCCAUUACAUCUGGUGUAAAAGUAACGUCACAUUUCAGAAAUAUAAUGAAAUAUAUAAUGAAUAAAAAAAUCAAAAGUUUCAUUUAAAAACGGCAUUUUGUUUUCAGUUGUGUUGUCAUUGACUAAUACUUAAAUUUAUUUGAUGAUCUGAAACAUUUAAGUGUGACAAACAUACAUAAAACUAAGAAAUCAGGAAGAGGGCAAACACUUUUUCACACCAUUGUAGUAGGCAUAAGAAAAAAUAAGACAUAUAAGAUAUAAAUAAAUCACAAUAUAGACUCACACAUGUUAGCAUUGGGAGAGUUCCUUGUUGUUCUUCCUUUUUGACUUCCUGUUCUGUACUAUUGUCUCAUCAAUGUAAAAUUACUGACACCUAGUGACCAGUGUAGAAUACUACAUAUCAUCGCAAGGUUUUUGAAUACGUCUUGUAAUUUCACUUCAUUAGGCCAUUUUUAUGCUUGAAAAUGCUUCAUUUAGGCCAAAAAUCCAUACAUUUUACUUAAAUAUGCAUUUUUUUUUUACUAAUAAUGGGCGAUAGUCAUCCUCAAAACAGCGAUGAUUUAUUAAUUUGUAUAUUUUUUAAAAAACAGUGACAGAGUGAAGCCAUGAAAUUCAAAGUGUGGCGAGGGCAUCUAUGAGAGCAUCUAUGUACUGUAUAUGUGUGAAUGAAUGUGCGGUGUGUAGUGCAUGUGUGUACUGUAUGCAUGCUAACUGAUAAAUGUAUAAAAUACUUCAUUUAGAUGCUUCAUUGUGGGAUGAAAGUUGAUCGUUUUGGCGGGACGUGAGUCUCAAUGUUGGGGUUUUCGAAUGGAACAAAGAUAACUUCUCGUUUGUUCAAAUUGGACUUUCUCAGGCAUCGUCUUCCGUUUUGAUGACAUGAAAGAGCGUGACGUUGAAAAGGACCUGGUGUCCGUUGUUCCAGCCGUAGAGGGCUCGCUCCCUGGAGUUGUAGUCCAGCAUGGACAUGUGGAAGUACUGGUUGUGGAAGGGAAUGUCCGUGUACUCGUAGCUGGAUGUCUUGGUGGAGUAUGCGUAGUAUACCUUGGCGCCCGUCAGGUGGGAGUUGGUGAUGUAGAGCGUCCCGCAGAUCAUGAAGGCCUCUCCUGCGUUGCGCUUGGAGUACUCUGUGUUCCACGUGCUGAGCAUCUGCAGCGUGUCCGGGUUCAGCCGGCUGACCACGAUGUUGCCGGCGUUCUGGUUGGUAGCGUACACGGCCCACAGGCCCAGCUCGUCCGCCAUCAGGUCGAUGUCGGAGAAGCCCCCCCAGGUGUAUGGGUACACGUUAUGGAAGCCGGCCGACUCCAGAGCCCGCUGCGUGACUACGCGGCCCGUCUCAAAGCUGUAGCGCACGAUGAUGUUGCUCUGCAUCUUGUUGUAGUAUAGCGAGCCGUUGUAGACCACGUGGUUGGUCCCAGCCCACUUGAAGGGUAAGUUGUAUGUCCUCGACUCCGCCCCCGACAUGAAAUCAGCCAUGGAUUUGUACUCUUUGACGAUCUUAUUGUUAGUGUAGCCGUCCAUGUACCAAACCUGAAGCACAUGGAAGCUUGACUUUCUGGGAAGACAGUGAACGCCUCGCUCGUGUGACCAACUCACCUUGCUGGUUUUGGAAGGCGCUUGCGGGUCCGUCAUCCACGCCCCAAACCUUGUCCCCGAUGUCUUCACUGUGAGUGGGCCAGUGAUCUUCAUCAGCUUGCCGCACGCUACAAACACACACAGCAAAUAUGUGCUAAUUAUAGCUGUGCUAUAAGAGGACGGGGUGUUCAUUGGAAGACGGCAAUCAGCGACUACAGGAGACUCAGCCUUUAAUGGAAUAGCUGUGUUAACUUGAGGAUGUCCUCUAAGUCCAUAAAACCCCCAAGGAACAAUCACGUCUCCAUAAUUUGUAUCAGUUGUCGACUCACUGAGUUUGCUCAUGCAACUCCGCAGACGGUUUUCCAAGCUGAGGACCUUCUGGUGCAGCUCCUCGUAGUCGUAUGUUCCCAUCUCCUCCUGGAAGCCCAGCAACACGCCGGACAGAUUCCGGAUCUCAGCUUUGAACUGGGAGAUGAGUCUGGCGUCCGUCUUGUACUGCUCCAGCACGGGGAUCAGCGGCUGGAGGGAGUCCAUCUUGUCUUUUAGCUCCUGAAAUAAACACCAGGAAUGGGUUGAACAUACCAGGAGUAUGCUGUAAUGAACCAGGAGUAUGAUGUCCACGUGAGGCAAGGAGAAGUACCUUGAAGUUUUUGCUGGCCAGCGUCUUCCUGUCAGAGUCCAUCUGUCUGAACUUGGAGCGCAGACCUUUGAUCUGGCUCUCCAUCCUCAUGAUGUACUGGAAGUCCCUCUGAGUGCGCAGGUUCAAUACCUCAAUGGACUGUGACAUGUUCUGGACCUUUUUGGGAACAGUCAAGCAGCAGAGUAUCGAUUUCUCCAACCAGCAUAAAAUGUUAAUUCAGCAGUGUUGGAACUUGUCCAGGAACAAGUCAGCACUUUGACCUCCAACUUGAUUGUCUUUGAAACAAUCAUCUGCUGGGUGAAAUAGUUUUUUUUUUAAUAUAUAGUCUAUAACUGAAAUACUUGUUAGGGUUUGGGUUUGUUUUAGGGUCAGGAUUUGAGUUGGGGUUGGUGUUAGAGUUAGAAUUAGGGCUUUAAGGUUAGUGUUAGGAUUGGGGUUUUUCGUCAAGAUUUGGGUUGGGGUUAGGGUUUGGAAUAGGGUUUGAUUUCUGGCUGCGGUUUAGGGUGGAGUUAGGAUUGGGUUUGAAUUUAGGUUAUGGUCAUGGUUGGGAUUUUGGUUAAGAUUAGAGUUGAUGUUAGGGUUUGAGCUAUGGUUAGAUUUUGGGCUUGGGUUCAGAUUAAGGUUAGGGUUGGGUUGGCGGUAAGAUUAGAGUUGGGGGUAGGGUUUUGGUUUGAGCUAAGGUUAGGAAUAUGUUUGGGGUUUCAGAAGAGGUUAGGGGAAGAGUUGGGGUGUGGUUAGGAUUAGGGUUUGGGUCAGGGUUGGAGUUUGGAUGGGGAUUUAGGGUUAUGGUUUGAGCUGAAGUUGGGGUUAGGGUUGCAGUCAGUCUAGCCAAUGAAGAGAAACAGCAAAUAGGGGUUUGGGUCCUGAUGGAGGAAAGUGAGCAGUGAGUGUGUAUUUAAUGAUACACUGAUUAGGAUCAAUAUAAUGACUAUAUGAUCUGAACUCCCUCUAACUGAUGGAAGGCACACUUGCAUAUUGAAAGUGCCCUUCUGUUCCUCUGUUGCUGUCCAAUCAGUGUCUCUCCCAGAAAUGAAAAUGUUUAAAUGUGUGAGCAGAGGAUGACUCAGGAUGAAACACACGUGUUUGUGAGCACGCAUGUGAGCGUCGAGUUUACAUGCAGGUGUGCGUGCGUGCGUGCGUGCGCGCGUGUGUGUGUGAGUGAGCGUGCACGUGCCUUCUCUAGGAGCUGCCGUAAUUGUUGUCCUUUGGCGUCUCUUGAGCACAGACUCUGUCCUGGCGCCACCACCGUGCACACGCAGCGGCCGUCUGCAUCGUGAGCUGAGCUGUACACCUGCCAGCCCUCCCUCGGCCUGAUGGUCUGCACGCACGGUGCCAAAAAACAACAUUUUCACGCUCAACAUGGCGUCGUGCUGUUCUAAAAAGCAUGCUUGUCUACGGUUCGCGUGGUUAGCGUGAGAGACGAGCACCGGCCUCUGGACACACCCUUUGACCUGAGCUGACGUUUGGAUGCUGGUUGUGAUUGUAGAAGUCAAUCUCAUGCUGCUCAUCACUUCAGGACAUCUUCCUCCUUCCAGUGAGUGACAGGCCCCACCUCAGAGUGUCACUCACAUGCCAGAUGCAAAGCCCCCCCACAACCCCUUCCUACGAGCAUUCACUCAGACAGCUGCUUCCUUCCUGUUCUUUGGCCACAAGUUGGCAUCAACAUUGCAAGCAUCACACAUUUAUUCUGCUACUCACUUCCUGCCUGCUCGUGUUUGCUAUCACCACACGCCGCCCAAGUCAUCACCAAGACCUCCUUUGCAAACAAUUAGCGCUAAAUUUGUUUCCUUGCAGAGGGAUGAUUAGUGAAGCAAUAUAGUAUACUAUACUUAGUAUUAUAAUGUGUGUAUACAGUGUAAUCAAAAGUUUAGACACGUCUGCACAUUCAAUAUCAUGGGAAAGUGUCUUUAAAGUUUUGAAUGGUACACAAUACAUUUAAUAAAGUUCAUACAAAUGAUACUUUGAAUAAUAGAAUUGUUUUAAAGAUAACGUAGUCACUGUCAUAAAUGUUUUUUUUUCUUUUUAUAAAAGAAACAGCAGAAAUUCCAUCCAUCCAUUUUCUAUGCCGCUUCUCCUCAUUAGGGUCGCGGGGGUAUGCUGGAGCCUAUCUCAGCUGACUUUGGGCGAGAGGCGGGGUACACCCUGGACUGGUCGCCAGCCAAUGGCAGGGCACAUAUAGACAAACAACCAUUCACACUCACAUUCAUACCUAUGGACUAUUUAGAGUCCCCAAUUAACCUAACACCUAACAGCAGAAAUUACUUUUCUAAUAUACUACAUAUAUUACAUAUAUUACAUAUGCUAUAAUAAUGUAAUAGGAAAUGGUCCUGAUGACCAUAGAUCAGAACCAUUGAAUUAAGAAUAUGGAAUAUAGUGGACAUGGACAUAUAGUAUAUAGACAUAUAGAUUUAGUAAAUCAUUUUACUAUAGAUACACAGAAGAGUAUGACCAAUAGUAGAAAAAAGCAUUUAUCUGCAAAUUUAUGGUAAUUUAAAAUAUAUAUAUAUAUAUAUAUAUAUAUAUAUAUAUAUAUAUAUAUAUAUAUUU